AUGUCUGUAUUGGUCGAUGAUAAUCCUGCCUCUAAUAUAAAGAGUAUAGCUUGUGAAAUGGUUCCAUAUUCGGCUAUAGUUCAGCAUUUAAACUUGAAUGUUUUUGGACAACAACAAACCCCUGAAAACCUUAUUGAUAAUGACAUGAAGUCAAUUCAACCAAAUGUAACAGAUAAUAAUCCAUCUCCUACUUCUCAGCAAGAUAAUAACAAUUAA